CAUAUAUCCCAUUCUCGGAAACAUUAGAAAGCUUAAUAUAAACCAAAAGGACAGUUGAGAGAAAAAGUGACAUGGAGCUGAUAGGAGGAAUCUUCAUUGCUGUGUUUUGUUUUAGCUUUUUUGCACUGCAAACAACUUGUACUUCCCUGCAAAUCCAGCUGCAAUCAUCAAGUGAACAAGGAAAAGGAGUUGAGCUCACCCCACCCAAAGUUCAACUGCCUAGGAAACUCAGAUUCGCUGAGGAAGUAGCAAAACAGUUACAAGGAAAUGUAGCUCAAGCUCAUUCGAUUUCAAGCACCAAGAAGCUGGAAGAUGUUUCAGGCAAAGCAAAGCAGAAAGAGGAAGCAACAGUGCGUGGAAAUCGUGGAAGAAGGCAACAAUGGAAGGAAGGAGGGCCCGACCUUUCACAUUAUUUGACAAUGGAUUAUUCCAAUGUAAGAAGAAGAAGUCCCAUACAUAACAAGUCCUUCCCAGUUGCUCCUUGAAACCUGGUCUGUUGAUCCCCGGCCUACGGUAUAUAUACGAGAACCAGGAUCACAAUUUUGUUAACCACCCCAAGAAAGAAAAGCUGUAGUACAAGUAAUGUUUUUUUUUUUUUUUUCUGUAAUUAGGACGAAAAUGAGGAAUAUGUUUCCUUUGUUUCUGUUUAUGGCCGACAUUUCUUUUUAUCCAAACAAAAGUAAUAAAAGAUGAGGAGAAAACCCCGAACUUGAAA